AUGCUAGCGCGGCAGGAGCUGCAGCAGGAGCUGAAGACAUCGAGUGAGGCGCUGCGCCGCCGGGCGGAGAAGGCUCGUGAGGAGGUCCAUCGAGAGAUCUCCAUGCUGCGCAAGGACAUCGAGGAGCAGGUGCGCGACGAGCUCCGGAAGGAGAUGGUGAGCUUGGGCCAGGAGUGCUCUGUGUCCAUCGAGGCCCAGGUGAAGCAGUCGUUGGCUUCAAACCGCUUGGAGCGAUGUGUGGAGGAGCUGCUCCUCGAGCAUCUGGCGCGGGAAAGGAAGGCCGCAGUGGCCGCAAGAUUUGUGUGGGAGAAGAAUCUUUUACUGGUGCCUUACUGA